AUGCUAAACGAACGUGGAGCAACGACUUACUUUGCCCACGACGGUGAAUCAUCAUCGGUCCUUGACCUAACAUUCAUCAACGAUAAAGCAUACGAACUCGACACGAUCAAAGACUGGUCAAUAGACCACCAUAAAGCCUACGGAUCAGACCAUGCGGCGCUCACAUGGACACUAGACCAUGAACGUGUCCCUAUCGAGAACAUCACAGCUCAACGGUUCAAUUGGAAAGAUAUUGAUGAAGACACAAUCAGCGCAUGGAAGGGAGCGUUCAUGAGAGAAUUGAUGGAUAGAGAAGAUGCAUGGAUACCGCUACGUGACUCAACACGUCCCAAUAUUGACGAUAUUGAAAGAACAACCACAGCGCUUCAAGAUGCACUCGUACAAGCAACGGAAAGCUCAAUUCCCACCCGCAAAUCUAGUACACAUGCAAAACCAUGGUGGACUCCUGACCUCACACAAUCACUCAAUCGCAUUGCA